GAAAUAAAGUUGGAGCGCUGCUUUACAGAUUUGUGGAAGUUUUUCGAGGUGGUUGUGUUGACAGUAGUUGAGGUGAUAAUGUCGUCGGUUCUCUAUCUGAGAGAGUUGAUCAACGAGCGACUAACUGCUGCUGCUGAAGAAAUAUUCACAGAGUUUGAAAAAACCAUCGUCCAGUACGAAGAAGAGAUCGAUCGUCAGCGCAGACUGCUGGAUAACAUCUGGAAACCACAGAUAACGAUACACACGACAGACUCCCAACAGAAACAUGUAUGUAAGAAUGAGAAGGUUCUCGCUGACCAGGAGAGGAACUCCAGUCUGGACCAGGAGGACCCAGAGCCUUCACAAAUGAAAGAGGAACAGGAGCAACCCUACACCAGUGUGCACCGGGAGUGCCCAGAGGGUUUGCAGAUUAAGGAGGAACAAGAGGAACUCUGCACCAGUCUGGAGCGAGAACAGCUUGUACUAAAACAGGAGACUGACAUCUGUAUGGUAACUCCUACUUAUAAGGAAAGUGACCAUAGUGAACCAGAAACAAACAGUGACCAGCUCCUUUCUCACAGCUCUCCUGUGGCUGAGAGCCGUGAUCAGCAAGGAAGCAAGUAUGCAGACUCAGGAACAGCUAGAAAUGCAGCACUGAUGCCAAAGACGAGACAUCAUAGAAACAGCAGUAAUAAUGUAGACAACCCUCCUAUAUUCAAGAGUCACGGUAAUACUUACAUAGAGAAAAAGUCUGUAAAAUGUGAUGUUUGUGGAAAAGCCUUCAAGGAUAACUAUCAAAUGAAGAGACAUCACAGAAUCCACACAGGUGAGAAGCCAUAUGCUUGCAAUACAUGUGGGAAAAGAUUCAGAAGUAGUGAUAAAUUGUUGGUCCACAAGAGAACGCACACAGGUGAGAGGCCUUACCCCUGCAAAAGUUGUGGGAAAUUAUUUAAAGAUGCAUCAACAUUGAAAGUACACAUACGAUCCCACACAGGUGAGAAACCCUAUGCCUGCAACAUCUGUGAGAGACGAUUUAACGUCAUAUCAACACUGAAAACACAUAUGAGAACUCACACGGGCGAGAGACCAUAUUUUUGUGAAAUAUGUGGGAAAAGCUUCAUUCAACGUAGUAAUCUGACCGUUCACAAAAGAAGUCACACAGGUGAGAAGUCAUACUCCUGACACACGUGGGAGCCAAACUUGAGAACAAAGUAUUUUGGAAAAUGACACAUUGGAAGUCUUUGCUUAUGAUAAAUGUGAAUUUCUGUGAGUUACACUGUGGACUGUAACAUCAUUCCUGUUUUUGUAGCCUAUAUUUUUUACAUUGUGCUAAAUGGAAAAACACUGAAUUAUUAUUUUUGAAUUAUCAAGUCUGUUUUUCCUGUUUGCUGUUGGAUUUACUGACAACUGUUAUGAAUUUAUUUUGAUACUAAAAUCUUAGAAACCUCAAGAUUCUUAAGUAUGUUUUGAACUGCUCCAACUGCUGCCCCAUCAAUGUGCUGUACAUUAUCUCUCUAAUACUUUGUUUCUGUAGUCAGUCAUUUUUAGUAGACAGAUUUUUAUCUUAUGUUAAAGGUGCUGAACAAAUAAAGUGUCUUUGCUAAAAAUGUUUCUAAGAAAAAUGUUUCUUCCACUGUGUUGGCUAGAAAAAGGCUGGAAAGCAGGGGCGAAACUGAACAGGCUCAUUUACAAGAGUGAUAAUUUAAGUUAAGAUUGUAGUCUUACAGUCUAAUAGUUCGAUCCCAAAGUAAAUACUGACUGCCCAGGUUGCAAACCAAUACUGAAUAAUCCCAAUUGUACAUUUGGUUGCGCCCAUUAAGCAACAAUGAACACAGUGCCAAAGCUGUGGCCGUGUCCUGUCAGUGCUGGGAGCCACUAAUUACUUUACAUUUCUGCUUCUCCAAACUAAUGUAACAGAGGAACUUAAUGUAAAGGGUUAGUUUGAGAGGGGAAUAUGUUGUCGCACACUGCAAGACAAAUGAGCCCCAUAGAUCUAUCACAGGCAGUAAAGUUACUUUUUGCGGUGAGCAGAGCUUUUCUUGUUCAUUUCUACACGGUGGUCUUCCCAGAAUGAAAACUGCAGAGUUCAAAAGUUUCAUGUUGUGUGUCUAUAGUCGGCAGAGGAGUGCACACAUCAUAGAUCAACUUCCAUGUCUUUCAGUGCCUCAAAAAUAAACCAAACCAAGCGUCUAAAAGUGAGGUAAGGUCAUCCUACCUGAGUAUUGUAACUGCCAGCAAUAAUAAAUCUUAGGGCAGAGUGAUAAACAGGCCUAAAGAGCCUCAUUAGAUGCAGGUGCAUAUAGAAAGUCACUGUAAUUGAAGACUGAUAGAAAAGUUCUUUCAAUAAGGAAUGCAGAAUGAAUAUACCACAAGAAAUUGUAUGAGAAGAUGUAAAUAAAGUUGUUUUUGGACAUAC